AUGGAUGGCAUUGUGUUGCGUGGAGAACGUAUCGUUAUCCCCUUGGAACUGCGGAAGGAACUAAAGGCUAAGUUGCACGCCGGCCACUUAGGCAUAAACUCCUGCUUACGUAGAGCCAGGGAACUCAUUUUCUGGCCAGGCAUGUCGGCGGAGAUCCGGUCGUUUGUCGAAACCUGUGAUACCUGUGCCACCUUCGCUGACAAGCAGCCCCCAGAGACUCUGAACUUGCAUGAUGUGCCGGACCGUCCGUGGUCCAAGGUCGCAAGUGACCUGUUUUCCUUCAAAGGGAAAAACUAUCUCGUUACGGUUGACUACUUUAGUUCAUUCUUCGAACUUGAUUACCUACAUGAUAUCACGGCAGACACCGUCAUUGCAAAGAUGAAAAUGCAUUUUGCUAGGCAUGGCAUUCCAGACAUUCUAGUCUCGGACCGCGGAACCCAGUUCACGUCUGAUCAGUUCAGGCGAUUCAGCUCCAACUUGUCGUUCACACACGAGUUCAUUAGCCCGGGUAUCUCAAAGGCUAAUGGUGCUGUAGAGGCCGCCGUGAAGGUGGCUCAGAAACUGUUGAAAAAAUCCAAAGCAGCCAAGGAGGACCCUUACUUGGGGCUACUCAACAUCAGGAACACCCCAACGGUAGGCCUACAGUCUAGCCCUUCUCAGCGACUCCUCGGGCGCCGCACAAAAACACUCAUACCUUCUACCCAAGACAGGCUCCUCCCUCGCCUGCCAUCAGGAGAAAAGGAACGCAUGGAAAAUCGUAAACUCAACAUGGCUCAGAAGCGCAAUGGUGGUCGCCAUGACCUUAAGCCGCUUAAGCCUGGUGACCAUGUUCGCAUUCAGCCGACUCAGUUUGGUCAAACUGAGUGGCGUCCGGCAACUGUCGCAAAACUUCUCAAGUCUCGCACGUUUGAGGUCACUGCUCUGGGCAAAACUCUCCUGCGCAAUCGACAACAGCUAAGGUUCAAACCAUCGCUGCCUACUGCAACCGCGACGACCCUGGAGUCAACCAAUGUCAAAGUAACCCCUGCGAGGCCAAGUCCAAAGCCAAACUCUGCCGAUUCGAACACUGAAAAACGGAACAAUGAACAACUGGAUGCGGAGAUCAAGACGAGCAAUGAUAGGUCAAUGGUGUCAAGUGCCGCAAGUGACACGCCCGCUAAGGCCAACACUGAGCGAAGCGUAACCCAAACUCCGGCUAUCCGUACUACGCGUUCUGGUAGAGUCAUUAAACCUGUGGACCGUUUAGAAUUGUAA